GAUAAUCAAAUGAAGAAAGUUGAUUAAAAACAUGUUCAACACUUUGAUUAAUUUGAAAAUACAUAACUAUAUGUAAGAUCUGGUGAACAUCAAAUUGAACAAUUUAAGUUAAGACUGUAACAUAAUUGAUUGAAAAAUAAAGGUUACCAAAAUUUGGAGUCUGCGUUAUCAUAAGAUGAUGCAGAAAGGCUGAAAAUCAAUGUCAUUUAUACCGGCUACAGAUGAUAAUAUUAAAUUACCAAUUGAGCGCCAUCUUCUCCAUCUUCACCCAUCUUCAUCAUCAAUAAUCAUCUCUUUCUUUACCCUUUCAUGUUACCCUGAAAAUUUCUGAUAUCCUAUCAUUCCCUGAAAACCCUGUAACAUUUUGUAAACUCACUCAUCUUGUAAGGAUAUCAGUGUCAGUGGCUGUGAGUAGCUCAGUCUGUGAACAACAACUUACAAGGAAACAUAAACAUUUAGCUUUCUUCUGACAACUGUUAUUACAGUUAAAAAUACUAAACAAUUGCUAAAUUCAUUUAUCAAAUCAAUAAUUAAAGUCGCGUAAAUCAAUGAUCAUUUGGUCAACUAAAUUGUGAAAACCUUUUCGGAUUUACUGCAAGAAACCAGAAAAUAAUGAAUUCAAUGUGGAAUCUAUGCAGAAUGAAUUGCCCAGCUUUACCUUAUGAUAAUAAACUUGAAGCUGUAAAUAAUCGCCUUAAUUGGACUAGUCAAGCCAAUGGGAAUAUCCAUGAAAUGUAUCAUGCUAAUAACAAGAAAGACCAUCUGGUGAUAGCAACCCAACCCAAAAAUUACGUUAUCAGUAAAGCUGUGGCACCGUCGCUUCAAAAUCAACAAUCAAAUCUAUUCAAUCCAAUUACUAAUUUAUUAACCAGUGAUAUCAGGUCAACUUCACCAGGAAGUGUUGUUGUUGCGGCCGCAAAUCGCUUUCUCAAGCCCAUUAAUAGAUCAUCAGAUCCAUUCUUUGGUGGAUUUGGUUGUCGAAAGAAACAACAUCCCGUUUAUAAUCGUAAUAAAGCUGAAAUUGGUGAUGUCAAUGGAUUUGGAUUGAGGUCUAAAAGUGAGGAGAGACAAGUCGAUCAUAAUAAUAAUACAAUAAUAACUGCAAAUCCUCUUUCCAAUACAACUAUUCAAAAAAUUACUUCAAUUAAAUCAAAUCAAGUAAAUCUUGACUAUCGAGACAACACGGAAUCAAGCAAAUAUCAUUGUCUUGAAACAAAUAAUAAUAUAAACCGACGUAGUCGCUCAGCUGAACCCAACCGUCUCAUUAAAAUCGAUACAACUAACAACUGGAAACAAAUGGAUGUCACUGAAAUGCCAAAUGCUGAACCAGCUUCUAAUCCAAAUAAUUGUGGUAAAAAAGUUAAAAAUUUGGUUAAUAAUUUUACUGGUUCCAGUGAGUAUCGAGCUGCAUUCAAUUGGCCUCCUGGUUCACAGCCAUUAACAACAUCAAUAGCACCCACUAACCAAUUGAUCAAUGCUAAUGGAACUUCAACUACAUCAGUUAGCCUAAUGAAUGGAGUUAAAUCCCAAACAAUAGCUGAUUUUAGUGAAAUUAGUGCAAAUAAUCAGAGUUUACCUCAACAAAUUCCUGUCACUAGUAAUCAAUUUACUCUAGCUCCUGGUCCGGCUGGUUUACCAAGUCAUUGUGGUAUGAGAAAUGAACCAGGUGAAUGGGUUAAAGAUAAUCCACAAAUAUUAUUUUCUCGAGCAACUCCAUCACCACAACCAGAUAAACCAGGAAAACCAAUAACAAAAACUGAAUACAAGAAAAAAUUUAAACCCUUUUCAACCUAUGUUUACAUUCCUGGAAGUGGAUGGAAAAAGUCCAAAAAGGUUGACUCUUCAAAUGCCACUGGUAUCGCUGGAUCUAGCAGUGAAGGUGCUCUUGAAUGGUACGAUGAGGUAGUUGAGCGAGCUAAGAAAGCUUGUGAGUUUCGUUCAAGAUCUCAAUUCGGUCAUCCAAUUGUUGGAGUUGAUCAUUUGGAAUCAAUUUACCGAAAAACUUCAUCCAACCUCUGGAAUCAACCCAAAGAUCGGUCUAUUGCGGCACUUGCUUUAGCAACAAGUCAUCAUCUUCGAGUAUCUACUCGCCCUUCGAAAGUAUCUUCCCGUGAUUCAUCUCGAGACUCAUCAAAGGCUGGCUCAGAUCGUAUUACAAGUAACCAUUUAAAUGCUAGUAUUUCACCUCAAAAGGAAAACUCGCCAACAGCACGAAAACAAUUUGCUGAAAAAAAUAAACCAAAAAGCCACCAAACCGCUGCUGAAUCAAAAUCCAAUGCUGCUUCUCGCAAACCAAUACCAGCACCCAAAAGUAAAUCUUUAGCUGAUAAAAAGCGAUCUGGUGGCUUGAACACUCCUGCUGGAGCCAGACCAGCCUCAGUUGAAUCUGAGGGAGGAAAAAUUUGGCUCAAGCCAAGGAAAGAGGAUAAAUCGACUACUGGAAGUGAUAAAGGUGAUAGUGAGAAAAAGGAUUCAACAAUUAAGCCUGAAGAUGGCGGUGAUUCAAAAAGGAAAGCUAGUGAAGGUGAAAAUGGUGCUCCAGCGGGUGCUUCCAGUUUAGGUACUUCCGGAUCUUUGACUCCUCUACUUUCUCCUCGUGAAAAAGAGGGAAGGAAAGAUGAAGAUGAAACUGCAUCAAAUAAUACUAAGUCACCAAAUACUUCUGAUGAUCAACCCAGAUCACCCAGACCCAAUUCAUUGGUUGGUUCCAUAGGUUCCAUAACUAAUGGCGGUAUUGAUUUAGCUUCACCUCCAGCCUUACCCGAUGGUCCUGUUAAAACAACGGAAAUCAAAUCACCUGAAGAAGUUACUGGAGUUAAAUCGCCUUCCCCUGAAUUGUGGAGAGUUACAGUUGAUACUGGGACUGAUAUCAAUUGGACAGAGUCAAAACCUGCUAAUAUUGUCGAUAAUAAUAAUAAAGUAAACUCUAACAAUAAUGGAAUCGGCGAAAAAGAUGCUUCUUUGGAAUCAAAUAAUGAUAAAUUAGAGAUUCAAUCAAACGAGAAGGAAUUUUCAAGUCAAAAGCAAUCAGGAGAUAACCCAGAAAAUGUUAAAUCUUCAGUUGCUAUUACAAAUAAAUGAAUGGAAAUGCGAUGAAUUAUGGAAAGAGACAAACGAGGAUUUGUAUGGACCGUUAUCCCUCUAAAUAACCGCUAAGAAACCAUUGAUUUUGAUAAAAGAUGAACUAGGAUCUGAGACGGUUAAAGCUUUUCAUUGCCACUCAGUUAAGGAAAUUAAAGGAUCGAUUGGAAUAUUUUGCAACUCAACUUUAUUAAAUAACAACCCAAAACUCGAUUAGCGCCACAAAUUCUCGAUAACAAUUGUUCAAUGUGAUUUGUUGGUUGGUUCAUCAGCUGAAAUAUCCUUAUCCUCCGUGGAAUAAUCAAGAUAUGAAAAGGGAUUCGGCUAAAAUUAAACUUGACCUCUAAUCAAUAUUUGACUUGUAAUUUGCUUCAACGUAUUUAUUACAAUUGCUUGAAGUAAAGGUUUAAUACUAAUUAGAUUGCUGAUGAAUUUACCAAGAAUAAUUCAGAUUUAAAUCUAACAAGCCGGGGACGUAUCUUGAUUGUUCAACAGAUUUGAUUAACAAUGGAAAUUUUGGAUGACAGCAACCAAAUUAAUUGAACAGUCAAAAAGAUGCUUCUAAUGACUUGCUAAAUUUUGCUUGUUUUCCCAUUUAAGGUCACUUUUCAUUUUUCAUUGUGCUUAAUUUAAAAUUUGUUUGAUUCUUACUAAUGACGAUCAUGACUAAUUUACCGUUGAUUUGUGAUAA